GAUUGUGGAGCCUGCAGCUUCACGGUGCGAGUGGCGGCGCGCGACGACACGCACCCGCCGCGACGCGACCACCAAUCCAAUCAGGCGCCAUGCCUCACCUCGCCCGCGCACCGCCGCUCCACUCCCACCCUGUCCCCGCCGCCGCCGCCACCGCCCGCCUCCUCCCACUCUUGGCGUCGGCAACCAAACCCCGCCGCCGCCCACGCAAGUCCUCCCUCGCCCGCGUCCGCGCCUCCAACUCCGACCCUUCGCAGCAGCAGCAGCAGCAGGAGGUCAGCCUCUCCGUCCUCCGCUUCACCCUCGGGAUUCCGGGGCUGGACGAGUCGUACCUCCCGCGGUGGAUAGGCCUCGGAUUCGGCGCCCUCGUCCUCCUCAACCACCUCCUCUCCCCGUCCCCCACGCCCGCGCAGCUCAGGUCCGAGGUUCUUGGGCUGUGCCUUGCCGCGUUCUCGGCGACGCUGCCGUUCCUCGGGAGGUUCCUGGAGGGCGCUGAUGCUGCCGGCCGUGUGCCUUUGCCCGAGGGGAGCAGGCAGUUGUUCGUGAUGUCUGAGAAUCUCUCGGCGGCUCAGAAGGAGGACAUGGCGUGGGCCUCGUACGUUCUGCUGCGGAACACAAACACCACGUCUGUGCUCAUAGCAAUUGGGGAUGUGUUGUGCAUACGAGGAUACUGGGAUCCACCUGCAGAUACUUCAAAAUAUGCCAUGAUUGAGUGGUUCAAAUGUCAGAUGCAGCAAGUUGGACUUGUUGAUUUGAGGGAUGCUUUGUACUUCCCUAAUUUUUCAGACACUCGGCUUGGGAAGAUUCUGCCAGACGAGGUUCUUUGUGUGUUAGCUCAACGAGUUCUGUGCAGUCCUGAUCCAGCUAAUGGUGAAACAAAAACUGAAGGUGCCAUCCUGCUGGCCUCCAAUGCAAAUUAUGCAUAUACUGAAAAAGAUAGGGUUUGGAUAAGAACAAUUGCCAAUAAAUUUCAGUGUGCCUAGUUCACAGAUAUCAAAGUACUGGAAAAUGGAUUCAGAGGGCUUGGAGUGUGUAAAGUAGAUUGACAGGUCUAACCAGGUUUCGGAGUGACUCCGUGGCAACAUGGGCAAGGCAGAUGUGGUCUAAAAGGAAUUUGUUGUGCAAUGGAGAUGAGCAGUUAGAUUUUUUUCCCGCUGGGAGUGGCACUGGUUGAAGCAAAACGAGUUAGCAAUAUCUUGUUCAAUGGAUAAGGGCCAAAAUGUUGAUGCUUGGUUCAUCCCUAUAUUUGCGUUUUGGCAUGUCUAUUGGAUUUGCCACUGGAGCAGAAAGGCAGCUCCAGGGAUUCCCAAUAUCUCGUUCAAACUAGUGAUGGUAUCAGAAAUUACACGGCACCUCCGGCCAUAUAAGGUAGUCAGCCACCUGAGACAUUUAACUAUAAACACCAAGAGCUUUCGAGUCCAACGUGUUGUCAAACGUCAGGGUUUGCAGACAUUACAGAUCAAUUAAGAUCUACCAUAUAUGGAAUAAGAGCUUUGAUUGCAGCAAGCUAGUGACGUUUCCGGCACUGAAUUUGCUAUUUGGAAUUAGUGCUCAAUUUGCUACUAUACACACACUUUUCUUCUGACUGACCGACUCACACUUAACUGUGGAUAAAGAUGUUUGGGGACAAUUGCUUGGUUGCCCCUCUUUUAAAGUGCAAUUAUGAUUUUACCCUCUUUUUUUGACUUUGUGAUUUUGCCCCUGUUUUUUCAAACUUAAGAGUUCGUUUGCCCCUGUUCAGUUAAGGGCAGUUAACGGUGUGAAUUGAGCUGUAAAAAGACAUGUAUGCCUUUGCACUAUUGCCUCUACUUUUCUUAGUAAAUUGUGAUUUUGCCCUUGUUUUGACAUCAAGCAUUUUGACAGAUUUUAAAAGAAUUUUGAAUGAAUU